GUUCUCUUAGAACUCUCCCAAAGUCCCCAAAUCCACAACAAUCCCUCCUAUGCCCUUUUCUACUGAAUUUGAGACAAUCCCACUUCACCUUUUACAUCUUUUGUUUACUCUGGAGAAAAGUUUCUUCUAAGAGGGCCAUGGAUCCUACGCCAUUAGUAGGGUCCGAUUACAAGUCUAGAUCAAAGACAAUAUCAAUCAAGAUAUGGCAAGAGUGGAAGAAGUUGUGGCUCCUUGCUGGACCUUCAAUUUUGAUCGCUGUAUUCCAAUUCUCUCUGUUUGCAAUCACACAGACCUUUUCGGGACAUCUCGGAGCAGUUAAACUUGCUGCAGUGGCUAUCGGGAACUUGGUCAUCUCCGGGAUUGGCUAUGGCUUCUUGAUGGGCAUGGGAAGUGCUUUGGAAACCUUAUGUGGACAAGCAUUUGGAGCAGGGCAGCUACACAUGAUGGGCAUAUACUUGCAAAGAUCAUGGAUAAUCCUGAGUGUGACCGCGGUGGUUACGUGCCCGGUCUUCAUUUUCGCGGCCCCGAUCCUACGGCUCCUAGGCCAAACUGCUGAGAUUUCCCAAGUUGCUGGGGAGUUCUCUAUAUGGAUUAUUCCACAGUACUUUGCAUAUGCAUGGAACUUUCCAAUGCAAAAGUUUCUGCAAGCACAGAGUAAGGUCAUGGCAAUGACAUGGAUGUCGGGUAUUUGCCUAGCAAUCCAUGUAAUAUGGAGCUGGUUGUGUAUCGUGAAGCUGGGGUGGGGACUUGUGGGUGCUGCCAUUACACUGAAUUUAGCAUGGUGGUUGCUAGUGUUGAUGCAGUUGGUUUACAUCCUAGCCGGGAAAUGCCCUGGAGCUUGGACUGGCUUUUCAUGGUUGGCUUUUAAGGAUUUAUAUGGGUUUGUGAAGCUCUCCAUGGCUUCAGCCAUCAUGCUAUGUUUGGAAUACUGGUUUGUAAUGAUUUUGAUUUUGCUAGUGGGGCAUCUGAAGACUAAUGCAGAAGUGUAUGUGGAUGCCAUGGCCAUAUGCUUGAAUUUGGAUGGAUGGAUUGUGCAAGUCCCAAUUGGAUUUAUGGCUGCAGUAAGCGUUAGGGUGUCAAAUGAACUUGGAGCAGGAAACCCAAAAGCUGCCAAGUUUUCGGUGAUAGUGACGGUGUUAACAUCACUCGUGGUGGGCAUUGCUUUCAUGCUUGUAAUUCUGAUAACUCGCACUAGUUUCCCCGUACUUUUUACAAAUGAUGAGCAGGUGAGGAAGGAAGUAUCAAGGAUCUCUUGGUUCUUAGGACUCACCAUCGUCCUCGAGAGUGUACAACCAGUUCUAUCAGGAGUCGCAAUAGGAGCUGGUUGGCAAGCCAUUGUGUCCUACAUCAAUAUUGGAUGCUACUUCCUAGUUGGGCUCACUUCAGCUAUUAUCAUGGGUUACAAAUUCAAUCUUGGUAUCAAGGGCAUCUGGGGUGGAAUGUUACUCGGGUUCGUGGCUCAACUCAUAAUCAUAUCCAUAGUCACAUUGCGGACAGACUGGAAUAAAGAGGCAUCAACAGCACAAGACAGGGUGUCAACAUGGGAAAAGUCAACAAGAGAUCCGGUGGAUGAAGAAUCUUUUAGCAACGGUACUCACAUCACCACCUAAAUAGGGUGGGUACAUGUUCAAUGUUUAGAUCACUGGAGAGAGAGAGAGAGAGAGAGAAUGGACCCAAUGAAAGAAAAUUUCCCCAUUACAAUUAAUGUGGGUUAUCAGUUAUCAGGAGAUAAUAAAAUAGACUAAAUCCUUGACAAAAAUUGGUUGAUGCGUAUUGCUAAUUUGCAUAAGAAAGGACUCCAAUUUGCACAUGUGAAAGUAGGUGCCGUGCGUGGCUAACAUGUUUCAGCCUCAGCCUGCACCAAAGCGAGUGCAGAAAAUCCAGACUCCAAUUCAAGAAAAGUUUAUUUUCAUAAUUGUUAGUACAUAUUAA